AUGCAGACGCUGGGGUUCCUUCUAUGCCUGAUGGCAGCUCCCCUUGGUGUCUUGUCUGAACUGACAUUGAGGGAUUCAGGCCCAGGACUGGUGAAGCCCUCGCAGACCCUGUCCCUCACCUGCACCGUCUCUGGGGGCUCUGUCACCAGUUACUACUGGCAUUGGGUACGGCAGUGUCCUGGGAAAGCGGAGUGGAUGGGGUACUGGAGCGGGGGCACGUACUACAACUCGGCUUUCCAGGGCCGCAUCUCCAUCACCGCCGACACAUCCAACAACCAGUUCUCCCUGCAGCUGAGCUUUGUGACCGCCGACGACACAGCCGUGUACUUCUGUGCAGGAGACACAGUGAGGGGAAGUCAGCGUGAGCCCAGACACGAACCUCCCUGCAGGGCGCUCAGGACCACCGACCUCAGGGAGCAGCCCCAGGAGCAGAAUGGAUUCCUGUAUAUUAUUUCAACCUGGGUAAUAAUGUGGUGCUUCUUCACCCAUGUUUUUGUGCACAUUUUUCCAUUGUUGGCCAUUGUGUGCUCCUUCAAUGACUCCUGUCCCCUCUGGGAUGCCCCCAUUUUUGUGGGAUGGUUUAUCUGGGUGAAGCAGAUCGAGCAUAACCAUCUGCACAAGAUGAUGCUUCAAACUCACUUCAUGUAUUUCCUUCCCAGCAGUAUAUUCAGCAUUGCUUCAAGAGCCACGGAUCCUUUUAACGGAGAGGAAGUUCGAGAUCCAGAUAUCACCACGAUGUGUGCAAACAGCGAUGGUGCUUUUGCUUCUUGGCUUCUCAGUUUACAGAACUAG